AUGCGGCGGCAGAGGAGACCCGAACAGGAUGAAGACGACGACGAGAGCGACGUUCCGCUCCACCACAAGAAGCCGUUUGGGGCAGGGCUGAAACGCAAACGCAUCGAGUUUGUGCGGGCCACAGCGGCAGACAAGGCCAUCUCGGUGCCGGCGACGACGGAAGACCCGGGGCGUGCCGUCGGAGACCUCUACGCCAGCAUCGUCUUGGGCGGGCGAAAGCCGGCAUCGGCCCCGGCGUCGAGGCCGGGAUCGCCAGCAGCAUCGGCCAACGAGCAGCCCGAGACGUGCGCCGUAUGCUCGCUCCCCAUCACCACCUCGGUCCGGCGGCACGAGACGUCGCUGGCGCACCAAGUCAGCCUGACGCACUCGCACCCGCCGUCGGCGCUGGACCGGUCGCGCAUGGGCUUGCGGACGCUGCGGUCGCAGGGCUGGGACCCGGAUGCGCGGCGCGGGCUCGGGCUCGAGGGCGACGGGGUGCGGUUCCCGGUCAAGGCCAGCGGCAAGGAUGACAACCUGGGCAUCGGCGCAGCGGCCCCCGAGCCAGCGUCCAGGCCAGGGGCUCAAAGACCGGUGCGGAGGCUGACGGCCAAGGAGAUCAAGGCCGAGGCUGCCCGAGAGCGGCAGAGGGCGGAGCGUCUGCAGGCGGAGCUGUACGGGCGCGUCGACGUGGAGCGCUAUCUGAGAGGCGACGGGGCGGGUGGCGAGCCGUGA